CCAGUCGGAACAUGAGGCGACGUGUGGAGUUUGAAAGCGCGUUUUUUUUUUUGGUACAUCACGUGGAGGAGAAAAUUGACUGCAACGCGUUCGACGACCGAGGGGUUGUGCGAUCAUGAUAUGAACGAUCAAAGUGCUCGUUCCAUGGAAGGGCAUGCGCCCUUAUUUAUUCGAGACGUGACAAGGGCUGAACCCAAUAUCGUUUCCUCCACUUCCAACCCAAACGUACAUACUUCAUUCGCUGCACAUGACGGAAAGCUUGUAUUCACAAGAAUUAGAGUCAAUGGCAUCAUAGUAGCAGACAAGGCUUUAUCAGUCAAUGAUAAAAAGCUAACAGGCGCGGAACGAUGCAUUGUUCUAGACGACGGCACCGAUACAAUUUGUGUCUUUUUAUCACCACGCUUAUGUCGACGUCCUGACGCAAACCUCCUAACGCUAUCUUCCUCUGUCACCAUUCUUGGAUGUGUGCGUCGACUGGAUGAAAAGAAUGUAGUGGACUGCGGCGGUUACUCUGUGGAUGGUGAUCUCACAAUGGAGCUGUAUCAUUGGCGCCGAGCCAUCGAAGCAAGGAACAAAGAAACAGCUGAAAAGAAGGACCAUUCUGCGGAAAAUGCAAGUACAAGAGGAAAGCUCAGGAUAGAAGCCGAUUUAUCUGAUAAACCCUCCAAGGAUGGGCCGCCUACUGAAGCUUCGCCAAAGAUGGUGAAUUCGCCCUCGACAAAUAACCGUGAAAAUAUCAAUGAUAUGGCCAAUGAUGGUCAAGGUGACAAUUGCUGGCGAUGGUCACCUAAUUAUGCCUUUGCCACCUCAUCACCGCUACGAGCCCUGCAAGAGGCUUCCAAUCGAAGCCCCAUGAUCCCGUCUCCGUUACGCAGUGUCACUGUGAAGCAAAUCAUUCGAGAGGACUCUGACAGCUUUGGAUUUGAUGACGACUAUGGCCUGGAUACGCUUGACUUGGAUGCGCUAGAACAAAAUGCUAUUCAGCAGCUUCAUCAGGAUCCCGCAGAGAAACGAAGAUACCAUGAUGCAUUUCCAUAGAAUAAAUUUAUCAAAAAGGUUGAAUCGAUGGAUGUUGGCUUGGUCCGAUGGCAUGUGCGGAGUUGAAUUAGUCGAAUUUUGUUUACUUGACUGGGUCGCUCAUUGUUC